GCGGCUGCUGGUGUGGGAGAGGCCGCUGUACAGCCUGGUCACCGCCGCCGCGCUCGGCGGGGCCCUCUGGUUGUUUUCCUCCACCUCCCUGAGACCCCUCUUUCUCCUCAGCAUGUCCCUUCUUGGCAUCCUCUUGCUGGAGAGGUGGAAGCCCAGGUUCCUGUUUGAUUUCUCAGCACAGCCAUCAGAGGAGCCGGGAGGGGAGAGUGAGGGGGUGACUUCAGGGGCACAACCUCACCUGCUCAGUGUCCCUGAGCUGUGCCACUGUCUGGCAGAGAGCUGGGUCACCUUCAGGCUGUACCUGCAGGAACUGCUACAGUACAAGAGGCAAAAUCCUGCCAAGUUCUGCAUGAGUGUCUGUUCAGGCUGCCUGAUUCUGGCUGUAGUUGGACACUAUGUUCCAGGCAUAAUGAUCUCCUACAUCAUUUUGCUCAGCAUUCUGCUCUGGCCUCUGGUGGUCUACCACGAGCUGAUCCAGAGGAUGUACACGCGUUUGGAGCCUGUCCUGAUGAAACUGGACUACAGUAUGAAGGCAGAGACGCUGCACCACAAGCAUGAGAAGAAGAAGCGACAAGGGAAGAGUGAGCCUGCAGCAGGUGAUGAGCCAACAGCAGAGACGGAGAGUGAGAGCGAAGCAGAGCUGUCAGGCUUCUCCCCAGUGGUGGAUGUGAAGAAGACUGCCCUGGCACUGUCAAUCACAGAUUCUGAGCUUUCUGAUGAGGAGGCUUCCAUCCUGGAGAGUGGGGGCUUUUCUGUCUCAAGGGCUACCACCCCACAGCUGACGGAUGUUUCUGAAGACCUGGAUCAGCAGAGCCUGCACAGCGAGCCGGAGGAGUCAUUUUCCAAGGACCUGGCAGAGUUUCCCUCCGUGGAAGAAUACCAUUCCAGAGACCUGGGACCACAGGGCGACGAAGACGCGUUUGGUGUGCCUCUGGGUCCUGAGCUUGCCCACGCUGCCCGUGAGCUGGACUCGGCAGAGAAGGAGGCCGCGGACUCUGACCUCUCCAUCCUUCGCCUGGCGUCUCCUCUGCAUUUUGUAAAUACGCAUUUCAAUGGCAGCGGGCAAGCGGCAGGAGGCGACGCCGAGCCAAAGACUGUCCCUGCCCCGGGCCUGGGCAUCUGCAUCAACACGCUGAGCGAGGAGAUCGUCACCACUGCCAUCACCACGGCGGUGCAGAACACCCUCUCUGCUCUCCUGCGGUCCUCGGAGGCCAGCGAGGGGCCCUCCCUCUCCGAGUUCCUCCCCACCGAGCCCGAAGAGAAACUGAGCUUCCAAGCGCAGUUGUCAGAGACCGAAGCGGUGGAGACGGAGACGGCAGCUUCACCGGAGGAUGAGGAGGAAGCAGAUGACUUUGAGCUACUGGAUCAGGGGGAGCUGGAGCAAAUGGAUGUAGAGCUGGGGCUCGGAGAGGAGCAGGAGGCACAAGAGUCUCCUGCCGCUCCGGCUCCCCCCUCUCCCACACUUGCUGAGCUGCCAAAGCAAGGAGAUGAGGAGGAGGCAGUGAUGACAGCAGCAUCUAUGUCUUAGGUCUUCUUCAUGCACCCCCUUUUCCUCCAUCGUCACUGGAAAGAAGGAAGGACUCACACCGUGAACGUGCAGUGGGUUUUUAGAUGUUUGUGUUGACCGGGAUGGAAACGCGUCAGUGUUAAUGUGCUGUGUCUGGAAUUAACAAAUCCUUUCCAUCCUUCUAGAGCCCGGCCUUCGCUGGCUGAGCGGGAGGUCACCCCUGCCCCACGGCCGGGGGGUGAGCCGGCUCCUAGAAGCCUUACGCCACGAUCGAAACACCAACCCCAGCAAACGCUUCCUAGUAAUGGUGCGGUGUCUUGGUCUGUCUUCUGUUUGUCUUUUUCGUUUUGCACGCAGAGUACCGGGCUGUAGCUGUAGCUGCUGCGAAUACCCACGCCCCCCCCACCCCCCGAGUAGGACAUAUGCAAUCUUAUUUUAUUGGGUUUUUAAAUGGCUAAAAGUGUAAAUAAUUUUAA